UCGGAAUGUUUUGCUAUCACUGUCCAAUCAGCAGCCUCGGCCCCAGGCCUCCUCCACUGCCUUUCUCUGUUUACUCUCCGGGAUCCCCAUAUGGUAGCUACGGAUACCAGACGGAACUUCACGAAGACGCCUUCGUGCGGAGAAAGCAGCGAAGGAACAGGACCACGUUCACUGUUCAACAGUUGGAGGAGCUGGAAAAGGCUUUUGCUCAGACACACUACCCCGACGUGUUCACCCGCGAGGACCUCGCCAUGAAGAUUAACCUCACAGAAGCAAGGGUACAGGUUUGGUUCCAAAACCGUCGCGCCAAAUGGCGAAAGGCGGAAAGACUCCGCAAAGAGCGCGAAGACAAGGAACGCGGACCAGAAGGGGGGACAUCGGCAAACGACGUCCCCCACGAUGGGUCAGACCUUCCUGACGACCUCAAGAAGCAAGGAGGGCCUCUGGGAUCCCCCACCCUCAUCACGGACGACGAUGAGUCUCAAACGUCACCGUCGCCGGCCAACGCAAGUACGGGCUUAACGUCGUCGUCCAAGACGUCAGAGCCUGCGGAGGAAGGACACGUCGGUCGACCGCCUCCGCUGCCGAUGUUGCCUCCACCGUCCCUUCCGGUGACGUCAUCAGACAACCCAUUCUUGAAGGAGGCGCUGUCGUCUUUCGCGGCCGCUGCUGCGGCUGCUGCGUCACUUCCGCUGCGUGCUGCUCAUCAUCACCAUCAUCCCCUAUUCUCUGCCUUUGGGGACUCGAGUGGCCAGCACUGUGAUUCCUUGUUGGGUGGUUCUGCGCAUGCUCGCUUCCCACUACCUCCCAUGUACUUCCCUCCCCACUUGUCGAGUCAGUUCGGGCCAUCUCAGACGGGAUUCCCCUUCAAAUCUCUUCAUCCCCUGUGCGCCUGCUGCAUCUCAAAACCCCCUUCGUCGCAGCCCCCUUCUUCGGCGAGCGGAGAGGAACCCCGAGAGAACUCUUCGACGCCCACCACAACCCUCGGAAGCUCAGCUAGCAACGACGCCUCGCCGCCUUCUUCAGCUCCAGCAGCAUCGUCAUCGUCCAAAGAAACUUCAAACAGCGUGUCCGAACUGCGACGGAAGGCGCGAGAACAUUCUCAAGCUGUCCUAUCGGCGUCCGCCAUACUGGGCACGUCACAAACGCCGCCGCUUCCGAAUGUAGCCGACGACACCUAGCGACGACUUCUGUUAUGAGAUGUAACAUUGUGUGCAAUGUUUUGUCUAAUUGGGACGCCAAGCAACAUGUUUUUUUUUCUUCUUCUUUCUUUUGUUUACUUGUCGGGAGGGACUAGGGGUAGUAAGUCU